UGUGUCCCGGGUGAUCCAGACGGGCAGGUCGGUCGCGUGGUAUAGUGUGGCCAGUUGUGUGUUGGUCGUGGAAGAGGGAGGGUGUUAUAGUGAGGUCGUGGGUUGGUUGCUGUGCAUGCGUGCCUUCGUGUGAACUCCGUCGCGGUUUGAACUUUCUUUCGUUCUCGUUAUAUUUUUUCUCCGUUUUAUUGCAAAAUUCUGUGGACGUUCUCGUUGAGAUUGUGAGAGAUUAUCGCACUGGAUUUCUUCCCCCACCCCCCCUCUCUCUCUUAUUUUUUUCGGAUUUUGAAUUUCUUUGGAUCUCGACGCCUGGUCCCGUCUACACCUCCCACCCCCCACCCCCCACCCCUAAGAAGCCCCUAACCCCCAACCCACCAACACACCCAUGCCCCCUACCCCUUCCCCCAUCCCCCACCACCACCUCGGUACCUCCUCCUCUUCUAGUCCUCUCUGUACCGGCACUGCUAUUGUUAAUUUAGCAGAAUAGCCCCAGCGUAGUCCCUUGUAGUCCAAUUAACCUGCAGACUCACCUUGGGGGCCUUGCAACAAAGGAAUCCGACGCCUGUGUUGUUGUUUACUAUUGUUGUUGAUUUCGACGCGCGGCCGCCAUGACAGCUGUGCGUUCUGCGUUCGUAUGUGUAGCUGGACUUUUGCUCCUUAGCUGUGUGGCUCAAGCCUAUGACCUAAAACAGGUACAUAAACUUCACCAGGAUCUGUUUAGCGACUACAACAUGCAUAUGGUUCCGAGCUCGCAGACUAUCGUCAAAUUCAGAAUGAACAUCAAACACUUCGAUAUGAUUGAAGAAACACAAGCACUGAUGGUUGACUCUUGGAUUGUCAAUGAGUGGGUGGAUCCGCGGCUUAAAUGGAAUCCUGAGGAAUAUGGUCGUGUGUAUAAGAUUUCGGUCCCACACACCAUGCUCUGGAAACCGGACCUCGACGUCUAUAACAACGCCAACGUCGGGAAACCCAUAUCCUACGGGAACACCCUCCUCAUCGUCUUCCACGACGGCCGGGUCCUCUUCGUUCCUCCCGUGAGACUCCACUUCACCUGCGUCAUGGACUUAACCUUCUGGCCUCAUGACACGCACAACUGCACGCUCACUAUCGGCUCCUGGAUUCAUGACGGGAUUACUAUCGACCCGCAACUUAUGCAUGAUAAACCGGAGCUUGACAUCAACGAACUCCAAACAGCUGACGGCAAGAACUUAACUCGCGGCAUGUGGAACCUCCUCGACGCCAACAUUACGAGGAACGUGAGGGUAUAUGACUGCUGUCCCGAGCCCUACAUCGAUAUCAAGGUUUCCAUGCUGGUUGCUAGAAAUGCUCCGGCUUAUGAUUGGACGGUGAAACUGCCUGCUGUAGGACUUUGCAUCCUGACGCUGGUGGUGUUCCUGCUCCCUCCUGCCGCAGGGGAGAAGGUCAUCUUUGGAGGCCUCAGCCUGAUCCUGGAUGUGAUGUUCAUCGCCUACACCAACAUGGAGAUUUCGAACGCGCCGACGCACAUACCGCUUAUAGUGGAGAUGGUAUGCGAACAGCUGAUGCUUGUCGUGGCCAGCAUCGUGGUCGCCAGCCUUACCUUGCGGAUGGCCAGGGAUCCUUACACCAAAGGCCUGCACAACGUGAUCAAGAGGCCUCUUAUCGUGUUGUCGUAUGCGCUCUGCCUUCACAACUACAAGAAUAUCGUAGGUUUCACACGAUGGGAGGUCUCCCGUGCCCACCAGCCAUACGCAAGGACCUUCAAGUCAGACGAACUAGAACUGGGCGAGAACGGUACCACCCAUUUAUACGGAGGACCUGAAGUGACCACGAGUCCCGGGCUAGAUUGGCUCCUCCUAUCGGCUGUGGUGGACCGUGUAUGCCUUAUUGUCUACGUGGCCAUUUUUACCAUUAAUAUGCUAUCGUUCAGUGCAGUUCUGUGAUUCUGUGAUUUUAUUUUUUUUAUUUUUUAUUAUUAUUAUUAUUUUUUUGAGGAUGGGGUAUAUGGGGUGCAGUUGGUCAUGUGAUUUUUUAUUAUUAUUAUUAUUUUUAUUUAUUAUUUUAUCUUAUGGAUGUAUUUAUUUCUAAGGAAGGGGUUGAUUCUAGAAUUUACAUCAGAAAGUUUUGGGAAUAUUCUUUAUUUGUUUCUGUGUGAUUUUAUUUCUUAUUUCUAGUUUAUUUUUUUGUUUGUUUUGUUUUUAAAAGAACUUCAGGGUAUUUAUCUUUCUUUACUUUCGAAGUUUUGGUUCACAGGGUGUCAUAGUGUAGCUGUUUCCUUCAGUAUAUCUGGUGAUGUUUUUAAGGUAAUUUUUAUACUGAAGGCCAACAGCAUUACUUUUAAAUUCACAUUAGACCAAGGAAAAUCUGUAUUUGGACUUAAUAUGUAGGCCAAGACAUCUGCAUUUGGACUUGUAUGUAAGGCUAUCGAAUAUACCUUUAAACUUAGGCCUACAUAUGUACUUUUGAACUUGAAGUAUAGGCCUACAAAUCUUCUUUUAAUCUUGGACUGAAUAAGCUACCUGUUAACACUUUUAUUUCAACUUUCAGUAAAUAAGUGUGUUGGCAUUUUAGUAUCUAAAAUUAUGUAAUACUAUUUUUGAGGAAUAUGUGAAAAAUCCUCAUAACCUUCCAUUUGAUUAUAGUCCGUCUAAUUUCAGGAAAAGAAUAACUGGCAACUCACCCCGUGGUUUGGGACUUGUCCGAUUCACUAAGUCGUUUUUUAAGAGUGAAAAUAAUAAUAUGGUUGAAGGCAACAAUAAAGAUACUGCAAAUGAGUAAUAACAAUCAAAACCUAUGUAUGCUUAAGUUUUAAGAGUCAGGAAAUUUAAAUAAAUAAUAAUUUAAAAAAUCAGCUAAUCGGAGUUCUCGAGUUGAGUUGCCAGUUUCCCCCUUUUACCUGCGAUUACACACGCUAUAGUUGUCCAUAGACUGAUGAAUGUGGGAAUUAAAUAAAUUCCCCAAAAAACUCGUAUAUACUGGCCUGGUUUGCCAAGUUGUGUUGUGCGUGACGUUUAUGCACCGUUUUUUUCCCUCUCGAUUCCACUUACAAGAUGUAGUUAUUCUUUAAUGUAUUAUGUGGUAUGUGUGUCGUUGAUAUUGAUUUUGUCAUUUCCUUUUAUUUUUCCUCUUGUUACCUCUUCUUCUAACUCCUUUCUUAAUUUUUCCUCGUCUUCUCCCUUCCUUAUUCUUCUAUUUGUCCUCCGCCAUCGCCUUUUCUUACUUACCUCUUCUUUAUCACCUUCUUUUUGUUCUUUUUAUUAUUCUACCUAUAAUUACCGAUACAUUUUGAAGCUUCUGAGAAAUGUAUCUUUUUUUAAAACUUGAGGCUCGGUGAUCAACCAUAGCUUAACUAACAAUGUAACCCACGAUAAAAAAAGUACAGAAAAUAGGUUAUCAGAUAGUCCAACCCUUUUAUUUUCUAUUUUCUUACUCUUUCUCUUGCUAAAGAUAGAAUUAGUGAAAUAUCCAAGAAUUAAUUAUGAUGAAGACAAAGGCGAUAGGUACUUGAUAUGGAGACAAACGUUACGUUGUAUUUUAUCAUACGUUUUGUUUAUUAUUAGUAGUGUUAUUAUUAUUAUUAUUAUUAUUAUUAUUAUUAUUAUUGCGUGUGUGUGUGAGCUUGUUCAUGAAGAAAAUAAGUCAGGGAAAUAUCGAUCACAUAAACAAAACAAAAAAAGAACAAAAACAAGCAAAUAUACAGAACAAGAGACAAAAUAAUCGUCCCAGCUGCUUCUGAAAAAAAAGAAAAAAAAUCACACCAAUUCUGUGUUGUUUUCGAGCUUUACACUUCCAUUCAUACAUAUAUAUUUUUUUUCUCACUCAACGUGGCGAACUCACUGUGCUGGGGAUUGACGUUACUACGCGAAUUCGUGUUUUGACUCCUGUGUUUUUCCGCCAUUUCUUUCUUCUUCUCUCUCUCUUUCGCUCUCCCUCUCCCUCCCUUUUUUUGUCUUUUUUUUCUCUCCCUCUUCUCUUUGAAUCCCAGUGUAGCAGAACAUCUGGUGGGAGAUCUGAACAAACAGUGGUGGAUGCUGUUUGGAUUUUGCCUUUGUAGCUUGGCGUCGGCUGGUGUUAUGAUUUCCACUUUGCUGACUUUUAUGUACACAUUGCAGAUUUUCAACCCCAAGGAGGAGUUUUAGUUUAGGUUACGUAUAAUGGGGAGAGACAGAAAGCGAAAGAGAGAGAGAGAGGGGGGGGGAGGAGGGAGGGAGAGAGAGAGAGAGAGAGAGAGAGAGAGAGAGAGAGAGAGAGAGAGAGAGAGAGAGAGAGAGAGAGAGAGAGAGAGAGAGAGAGAGAGAGAGAGAGAAGGAGAGGAACAGGAACAGGGAGAUGGAGAGAAAGGGAAAGGGAGAGGGAGAGAAAGAGCAAGAGAAGGAGAAAGAGAGAGAGAGAGAGAGGGAGAAGGGGAAGAAAAGAUAAAGGGAGAGGGAGAGGGAGAGAGAGAGAGAGAGAGAGAGAGAAAGCAAGACAGAAAGAAAGAAAGGGGGCAAAUUCCGAAAAUAAGUAACUAUUCAUAAUGAAAAAGACGAGAAAAAAUAAUCAAGCUGAAAGUAAUAGUUCAACGAACCGAGCUUCAAAUCUUCAGUCACCGAUCCUUAUAUAUCAAACAUAAUUUUCGCGAUUCACCGUUUUAAAUACUGAGAAUUCACCGUUUUAAAUACUGAGAAGCCAGUGGGAACAAUAUGUAAAUUAGAUGCUUAUUUUUUUUUAUGUUGAUUAUCUUUCUCACCCCCCCAAAAAAAUAGAGAAAAAUGACCGAUUAGUGGAGACAAUAGUUGUUAAAUGGGAAAUUCACACAAAAUAGUGAAAAUAAUGCACUAGUAAUCACAGGGACUUAGUAUUUAAUCUUCGUUAAUGUUUUACAAUAAAGUACAGUUUGUUUAACAUUAUACGAAGAUUAAUACUGAAUUUUUCUACUCAUGAUAUCUAGAAUUUAGUGUUGGGAUUCGCGUUCUUCUUUCAUUAUCGUUUAAAGUCAUUAUAUGUCUACUUUUUUAUUCACUUUUUCAUUAUCUUCUAUCUAUUAUCUUCUAUUAUAUGUUUACUUUUUUAUUAACUUUUUUAUUAUUAUCAUGAUUUUUCAAUAGUUCUAUCUAUGCGUCUCGAAUUUUCAUUAUUUCAUUAUUAAAAAAAGUAACAAAAAAAAAAAAAAAUCUAUCGAUGUGUCUAUCAGUGUGCUGUUUAUUUUCUGUAAUUAUUAUCUUUUAUGUCUGAUUUCUGCAUAUAUCUUUAUAAUGUCUUGUUUCUCUCUCACCCCCCCCCCCCUUUUUUUGAAUUAUCAUUAUACUUAUUUCACAUCUAUAUGUCCUCACUCGUUUAAUUUUUGUAUAUCUUUACCUUACUUGACUUUCGUUGUUUCAUUUAAAUGUCCUCUUUUUUAUUCUUAUUAAUGUAUAAUGUGAUCUCUUCCAUUUUCCAUUUUCCAAUUUCCCCAACCCAAUAAUUUUCCAAACAGGGUCUAAUCGACUAGUUAAUUACACUAUGGAUCCAGAUUAAAGCAUCUAAUGCUAAACUAACGGAUUAUAUAUGUAUAUAUAUGAACUUUUAUGCUAAUAAAAUGUGAUUUGAAUUUU